CAUGUUUAAAUGAUUUUUUUCAGCAAUUAGAUUAAGCCUAACGUUUAAUUUUAUUAGGGAUGAGAAAAUGUGGAGUCCACUUAAUACAAUCUUACAAUUUCUCAACAAAAAUAAAACAUGAAAAUUUCUAGCAAAUUCAUCAUAUUUCUUCUCCUAUUAUCACUUCAUUUGCUAUGUAUGCCAAAGAAGUGCAACGCCGAGCCUUGCAAGGCCACGGUAUGUAAUGGAAACGUUUCGCUCGUGUCAAUACCGAUCAAGUUUCCUUUCCGAAUAGUCGGUCAUCAAGCUAAGUCUUGUGGUUCUCCUGGCUUCGAUUUGUAUUGUGAUCAUAAAUUAGGCAACCUUCUUCGUCUACCAAAUGCCGGAAACUUCACCGUCGAUGCUAUAUCCUAUUCUUUGAGGGAAAUAAAGCUUUCGGAUCCAAGUAAUUGUCUACCGCAAAAGUCGUUAUCAUUAGAUCUUACCACAACCCCUUUUCGAGGGGUAAGGCUAAACGAUUUUUGGGUGUAUAACUGCUCUAGAGUUGGUGAUCGUAGCGAUUUAUAUGAUGAAAUCGACUGCCUUAGAGGUUCGAAUUACACGAUUAUUAGUGUACAUCGAGGUGUUAAUGUUACUAAUACUAAUUGCAAGUUAUUGAAGAUUGUUUCUGUUCCAACAUAUUAUGGUUUACACAAACUUAACAUAACUAGGCUGAGUAAUUAUUCAAGCAUCGACCUUACUUGGGACAAGCAAAAAUGUGAGUCAUGUGAAAGCUUCAGUUGGACAUCUCCAGCAGCUUCGGACUCCAACAAAAACUCGUUAGAGUACCGUACAUUGGUAGCAAUAGUAACAACAUUCGUCGUAUUAUUUUUAAUCUUCACAAGCUGCACUCUAUGCAUUCUGUUGUCAAGAAAAAAUGUCGAACAACCAGCUAUUAUUACUACGACCAAUACAAUAUAUACCGACUCUGAUAGACAUAGUAUUACGCUAGCAGAUAUCGCUGGACUCGACCUGACCACGAUCAACUCGUACCCAAUGGUGGUGAUAGGCGAGAGUAGGCGUCAAAUUAAACCUGACGAUGACAAGAACUGCCCUAUAUGUUUGACGGAUUACACCCGUGGUGACACCCUAAAAACGUUACCGGAUUGUCUUCAUCGCUUCCAUGUUGGUUGUAUUGAUCCGUGGCUAAGAGCUAAAGCUAGUUGCCCCAUUUGUAGAACUUCUCCUCGUCUAAAUUCUUGAGCUAGUAAGUAUCAUUUGAUAGCAAAUUUUUGUUAAGGUAAAUUUGGUUAACCAUGUAACUUUUCCCUUUUUUUUUUUUUUUUUUUUAGGGAGAAAUUUUAAAUAUGUACACAUAUUUAACUCGAUAGCUUAUAAUCUAUUGUACAAUACAUCAUACAAAAAUUGUUUUUAUGAUAUAUAGAUCGAUCGAUGUAACUUUGUUAGGCUUAU